AGUCAUACUACUAUUCAACAAACUUGAGAUAGCCAAUUAUUAAUUCAAGAAGAAAGCUCUCAUCUUAAAGUUGGAUAUGAGAUUUUCUGAGCUGAGGUAACCCUUUAUGCUGAGCACAACUUGAUGAAAAGAAACUAAAAUCCGCAGAUUGAUUCCAGAAUACAAUGGAUAAGAAACCGAUACAAUUGCAUAAUUCUUUGGUAGAAUUAAUGGAGGGAAGGCUGAGGGAGGCUGCUCAAAAAGGAGAUGUGUAUCACUUGCGAAGCUUGAUCGAUGAAGUCCCUUUUCUGCUCAGGACAGUUUCAUUAGCAGGUACUAAUGAAACUCCUCUCCAUGUUGCUUGUUUGAGUGGCCAUCUUGAGUUUGCUAAGGAGAUCAUUCAUUUGAGGCCAGAAUUUGCAAGAGAACUAAACCAGGAUGGUUUCAGCCCUUUGCAUAUCGCCUCAGCAAAUGGAGAUAUAGAGAUUGUGAAGGAGCUCUUGAAUGAUGACCGUAAUCUAUGCCUUCUCAAGGGGAAGGAAAGAAGAACUCCUCUUCAUUAUGCUGUAAUCAAAGGCAGAGAAUAUGUCAUGAAAGAGCUUCUUGUAGCUUCACCAGACUCUGCAGAAGAAGUGACUGCUCGUGGCGAAACUAGCCUUCAUUUAGCUGUCAAGAAUCAUCAGUUUGAAGCAUUCAAAGUAUUACUCGAGAACCUUAAGGAGUUAAACAAGUAUGAUCUUUUAAAUAAAAAGGAUAUCCAAGGAAACACUGUUUUGCAUCUUGCUGUGUCAACUAAGCAAUACGAGGUUGUUGAUAUAUUGCUCGAUGAAACUGUUGUUGCUAAGGGCACAAUUGAGAUGAAUUCUUUGAACAAGCGAGGCCUUACACCUUUGGAGGUACUUCUUGAGGAAUCAAGAGAUGGAGAUAUUGAGGCAACUCUAAGAGAAUCUGGUGCUGUAUCUGUUGAAAACUUGCAAUCAUUGCAGCAAGAAGGUUUACCCCACUCUUGGGCUGUUCCAGUUCAAGAUCCAUCAAGUAGAGAGCAAAGAAGGGACCGGCCUCGAUCUAUUUCUAAGAAGCUUCAGGAUUUCUUCAAGUACAAUAAAAGCAAAGAUCCUCCAGGAAAAGUAAGAGACACCCUUCUUGUGAUAGCCAUUCUAAUUGCAACAGCCACUUAUCAAGCAGUGCUUAGUCCACCAGGCGGCGUUUGGCAGGAUACUUACUGGCCAGAUGACCAUAACAGAACCAGUAAUGAUGUCAAAGAGUCCUCGCGACAUAUUGCAGGACAGUCGGUGAUGGGAACCAACAAUCCAAUUGCCUAUGGCUUGAUCUUGGUUUUCAACUCCAUCGGAUUUUUCGUGUCCCUUCACACGAUAAAUUUCCUCACCAUAGGUUUUCCUUUGCAAUUGGAACUGCAGGUUUCACUUAUUGCCUUGGUAGCAACCUAUGAUACUGUGAUGACUGCCAUAACGCCUAGCCGGGGAAUUUCUCUCUUCUUUACCAUCUUUUCCAUAGUCUUUCCAAUUUUCUUGCCUCACAUUACAAAGUUGGUUAGAAACUACUGCAAGAAACCUAGAUUCUUAUCAAGAAUUACAGAUUGUGAAACCUAGAUUCUUAUCAAGAAUUACAGACCGUUAAUUUACCUGAACUUCUUCCUGUAUUUUAUUCUUCUUUUUAGGUUCAGUCAGGAUAUAUUGAGUUUCUAAAACAGUACUCGUGUAUGAGAUUCAAUUAUAAUCUCUUUUACUGAACUUAGUGUUAAGUCCUUGGUUUUGAUGAUUGACAAACUAUUAAUCUGGGACCUGUUCCAUAAAAACCCUUUAAUGACAAAGCUGCAACUGCUUACGGACCAGGUUCAUCGCGUCCAUGUCUCUUUCACUCAGUCAGCAUCACAGCUGGAAAAGUUACAGUUUUGGCAGGAAAUUGGUGGCAAGGCUGCAACACCUUUUUGCCCCAGCGAAUCAGAGAUGUCCUAGGUUUUCUUGUCUCUUAUAUAUGCAACAUGUUACAACAAGAAAACCUAAGCUUCUAUAUGCAAAUGACAUCAAAUCUCUCUUGAAACAACUUGUGAUUCAAAGCCUCACUUGCAACAGGGACCUGCUCAGCUGUUUUUUGUGUCUCAAGCACUUGUUGUAUUUGAGUCUUUGUUUUGUGUUUGUAAACGUGCCUGCUGCUUCAUUAAUAGUAGGUGUAUUCUAAGUGAGUUCUUGUUGUUGAAGGUGUCAUCUAGAGUUGGUUGGCAUAGAAGCUAGUAAUUCAGUUAGAGUUUAUUGCAUUGGAGUUUGUUGUGAUAGAGUUAAUCCUUGAAACCAUGGAGUUUGUAUUCAAGGUUACUUGAACUUAGUGAAGUGGUUGGAAAUCCUACGUGGUAGGUCGUGGUUUUUCUCCCUUGAGCAAGGAGUUUCCACGUAAAAGAUUGUGUGUGUACAUUGGUCUUUAUGUUCAUUUUACUUUCAAUCUUGUUGAUCACUGCAUAGGAUAGUUGGGACCAGGUCCCUAGGUUGGUGGUCUAUUCGUGUAGUUCUUCACUUAGUAUUUUC